UUCAAGAAUCUUUGCCUUAGAUUAAUUGAUUUACUCGAACGACAUAUGUUCCAUUAUGCUUGUUCUAUAGUUAAUUCAACCGAAUGGCCUUUAUUAAGUGUGGAGGACCAGAAUCGUGUUAAUGAAUUUGGACUUUUCAUUGAAAUGCGAAUGCCUAGAAUUGCCCCACCUCGUCUUUCAAGCGCUUCAAGCCAUAAUUAUUGCAAAAGAUCAUCCUCUGUUGGGAUUUAUUCAAGCCAUCCAGAGAGGGAAUUAAUUAGAAAUGAAACAAUACUAGUGCCGGAAAGGGCUAGGUCGAUGGAAAGGAUUAGAGGAGGCGUUGAUGGACGUGCAGGAAGUAGUAGAAGAACUAGUAGACAGAUAAGUGGAGGUUUCUAUUCGAGACCUUCUUCACUAGCUAUUCAGGUAGAAGAGGAGAAUUUAUAUGAAAGUGAUCAAACAAGUGUAGCAACAACAACUACAGUACAACUUGAAAAUGAAUUGACAACUCAAAUUGGUACAAAAAACGAUCAGAAGUUGGAGAAGGAAACGGGAACUAAAAUCUCAGAAAAAACUACAGAGAAAAAUUCUCCGAAUAAUAAAAAUUUAAAGGAUCCGAAGCAAUUUGUUACGGAAAAAGAAAUAGAGAAUAUUCAAUCAACAUCGACAACUACAAUUGAUUGUAGUGAUCAAUCAUUACAAAAUUUGGAGAAUCAAAAAAGUUUGAAGGAAAAUGAAUUAUCAAAUACGGAAGAUAAAAAUGAUGAAAAUUUUGAAGAAAAAAUUUCUGAAAAUUUAAUUAUAAAUGAGCAAAUUGAAGGGAAGGAGGGUAGUAAAGAAGAAGAUAUUCAAGCUAAUCCAGAUCGAAGGCAAUCCGUUCCUUCAAUAACUCUGCGCAAUCGACAACGUACCCAUACAAUAUUAAAUGUUGAUAGGAAAUCUAUAGCUGCUGCAGCUCACCAACACAGCAACGUUUUAAUAGCUAAUAAUGCUUCCAAUACUGAAAUAAAGAAGAAUGCAGCAAAGCCUCACUCUAUAGUUAGACCAAUGCCUAAAGUGAGUAAUGGACAGGCUACCAUCUCCACAUCAGAAGCAACUACCCCAGAAUCCUCGUCAGCUCCUUCCACAAUUCCUUUGGAAAGAAGAGAGAGGCGAACUAGCAAACAACCAACAAAUAUUGCUUCAACUUCAAUUAACAAAUUUGGUAAAAUUGAAACAAAAGUACAAAAAAAACAAACUGGUGGGGUUACUCAAGGAGUACCACAACAACAACAACAAAGAGUAGGGCAACAAAAAAGUGGAAUUAAGAAACCAACAACUGUCACUAGAAAAUAA